AUGGACACCGUUAUGCAAGAAACCAGUGUGGCAAGGGUCUACGCUCAUGUCAAUGCCCAACAACCCCGAGAAUACUACGAUUACGAGGAACUCCAGGUGACAUGGGGUAACCAAGACCACUAUGAAAUCUUUCGCAAGAUUGGCCGUGGUAAAUACUCUGAAGUAUUCGAAGGUGUCAACACGCUGAAUGGCGAAAAGUGUGUCAUCAAGGUCCUCAAGCCCGUCAAGAAGAAGAAGAUCAAACGUGAAAUCAAGAUUCUCCAGAACCUCACAGGUGGUCCAAACAUUAUUGGUUUAUUGGACGUUGUCAGGGAUGAACAAUCUCGUGUCCCAUCCUUGAUCUUUGAAAGUGUCAACAACACCGAAUUCAAGAUUCUCUAUCCACGCUUCAGUGAUUUCGAUGUGCGUUACUACAUGUACGAGUUAUUAAAGGCAUUAGAAUACUGCCAUUCGCGUGGUAUUAUGCAUCGGGAUGUUAAGCCUCACAAUGUCAUGAUCGACCAUGAAAAGCGACAGCUGCGUUUGAUCGACUGGGGUCUCGCCGACUUUUAUCAUCCAGGCACAGAGUACAAUGUGCGUGUUGCAUCUCGGUGCUUCAAGGGUCCCGAACUUUUGGUUGAUUUGCAAUUGUACGACUACAGCUUGGAUUUGUGGAGUUUUGGAUGUAUGUUAGCCGGCAUGGUUUUCCGCAAGGAACCCUUCUUCAAUGGUCAAGACAACCACGAUCAACUUGUCAAGAUUGCCCGUGUCCUCGGCACACAGGAAUUGAAUGCUUAUCUCAAAAAGUACAAUUUGACGUUGCAUCCCAAUACUGCAAAGAUCAUGGGAAACUAUGCACGUAAGCAAUGGACCAAGUUUGUCAGUGCCUCGAAUCAACGUUACAUGUCGGAUGAAUUGUUUUCGCUUUUGGAUAAUUUAUUACGGUACGAUCACCAGGAACGUUUGACAGCCCAGGAGGCCAUGGAUCAUGUCUUUUUCGCACCUGUGCGCGAAUUCCAUGCACAACAAGAAGCAUCGUAA